AUGGGUUCUUGCUUUAGUAAAUGCAAACCCAAAAACUCAUAUCUUGGAGAAGUGGAAGAAGACGGCGGCGAGCAUGUAAAGCAGCAAGCAAUAUCUCCGGCGGCGGUGGAGAAACCGGUGUCUCCGUCGCCUUCCUCCGCCUCCCUCACAUCCCUCUCCUCAUCUUCCUGCUCCUCCGCCGCCUCAAACAGCAGCUAUUCUCUCUCCUCCAGAGAUCGCUCCUUUUCGAACGAGUUUCUGAGGUCUUGCGCCAAGGAGAACCAACAUGUGAUUCACAUGAAACCCAACAAGGGAAACCUCGAAAGGACAAGCAGCCUUCGACCAUUUUCGUUGUCGUCCCCGAACGCCGUGGCGAUGAAACCAUCGAGUCCUCGAAGGCAAGUCGGCGGCGGCGGGUCGACCCCAAAGAAAAGGCCCCGUUCUAAUUCCCCGACCAUGGUUCGGCAAAAGAGCUUCAGAAAAGAUAAUCCCCAGAGUGUGAUGAACACUUCCCCCGCCGCUUGCCAUUUUCCAAAUAGAGCCCUCAGGUCGCCUUCUCCAAGCAGGAGGUUCUCGGCGGAUGGGCAGGUUAAAAUGGACAUUUCACCUUUCAGACACGGCGGUGCUUUUAACGGCGUCGGAAAACACAACUUCAAGCCCGCAAGUCCCAACUGUCAGCCGCGGACGAAGGGUAAUAUAGUAAAUUCAAAGAGGGAUGGAGAAGUGCAAUCAAGCCAGGAAAUGGAGGACAUCUAUAAUCCUCUCAUUGCAUUGGAUUGUUUCAUUUUCCUGUGA